AUGUGUGAAAGUAGACGUUUUUCAGAGAAGCGCGAAGGGCUGCUUCGGGUUUGUUACCCUUCAGGGUGCGGGGAGCCUUUAGCAGGCGGGGAUGUGCCCGGCGGGUACGAGCCCGCCGUGCAUCGCGUCUGUCCGCCCACCCUGUCCCCCCAUCCCGCGUCUGCGGGCUUCUUGUCUUCCAGACCUCUCUUUGCACUGACUGGUUCAGCUGGGGAUGUUCUUGUGUAUGUGUCCGCUUCAUCUCUGAGAGUAGAGGCUUUCCGUGAUGCAGCAUCUGCUAUGGAGCAAGAGAAAGAAAUUCUGCUUGAAAUGAUCCACAAUAUACAGAACAGCCAGGAUAUGAGGCACAUCAGUGAAGGUGAGAGAGAAGAACUUAAUUUGACUGCUAAUCGCCUGAUGGGCCGAACCCUGACUGUGGAGGUUUCCGUAGAAACCAUCCGCAACGCGCAGCAGCAGGAAUCCCUACUGCACGCCACCAAGAUGAUCGAUGAGAUCGUCAAUAAACUCCUCGAUGAUCUGGAAGACGCCAAAAUGCGCUUAAUGUCACUUUAUGGUGCGUGCACGUCCGAUGUGCCAGCAGGACCCAUCGAUCAGAAAUUUCAGUCUGUGGUCAUCGGAUGUGCCAUUGAGGAUCAGAAGAAAAUCAAAAGGCGCCUAGAGACUCUGCUCAGAAACUUGGAAAAUUCUGAAAAGUCCAUCACAUUGUUGGAGCAUCAGAAAUCAUCUGUUCGGCAGUCUUGCAACACCAAACAGGAUUAACAUAUCCUCCUGGCUACUUCUGGCAAACCACAGGAUGAGCAAGUGCCCAUAAGAAGCGCACAGAAGCCAAUAAAAGAAUUCUCUGUACAAGCACACACGUAUAUACACAUCCACACGCACCAAAGUAUCUUUGAUUGCAAGGUGCAAGCAUUUAAUGGGUUUUGGUAGCAUUGGCAUUUUCUUUUGGCAAUAAGGAAUGCUAUCGGUUCUUCUGUAGAGUUAAUACUGCUCUAUUGCAAAUUGUAAUUGUGCUUCUGCUGAACUGACAGAAACUGAAAAUCUAACCUUUCCUCCAUUCUCCUGGGUUUUUUUAAACUAAAGUUGUUUUGUCCUAUCAUGAGAUUUCAGCUUUUCUCUGCUGUAUACGUAGUGUGUGUGAACCAGACUUUUGGGGACAAAAGACAA